AUGCGACGCCCUUACGACCGAUCCGAGGGCUACUAUGUGACGCAUCCAAACGGCCAAGUCAGUCAUUAUUAUCUCGAUUCAUUCGUUGAUCCCUGGCUGCCUCAGGAGGAGAAGCCUGUCAUUAUUCUAAACCAUGGCUGCUCUCGCACAGCCGCCAUGUGGUACAGCUGGGUGCCACGUCUUGCCCGUCGUUUUGUCGUCAUUCGGCGUGAUGCACGAGGUCACGGAAAAUCCAGCUUCCCCAAACGCCUUUCACCAUGGAGUGACCAACAGAACAACGAAUACGAGGGUGGCUAUCAAUGGAAUGUCGAUACCAUGCUGUGGGAAAUCGUCGACAUGCUCGACCAGCUCAGCAUCCAAAAGGUCAUCUUUCUGGGCGAGGCGACAUCCGGUGAGGUUGGCCAUGCCUUUACCGCCAAGUACCCCGAAAGAACUAUCGCCCUCAUCACCUGCUCAACGCCAACACUGCUGCCACCACCAGCUGUCAACAUGUUUGCUGUAGGGGAGUCGUCUUGGCCCGAGGCUGUCAUGAAACAUGGGGUCAGGGGGUGGAACGAACGGCUAGCGAAAACCCCCGGAACCCUCCCCAAAGACCCGGCUUACCUUGAAUGGUUGCUAGACGAGGCAUCCAAGACAGAAAGGGAGGGACUAGCCGGCUAUGUCAUCUUUCUCACUUAUUUGACGUCUCGGCCUUUUUUGAAAAACAUCAAAAAGCCAUAUCUCAUUCUGGCCCCUACAAACAGCGUUGCUGUGCCGCUGAGUGAGUCGCGUUGGAUAUCCGAGCAGGUCCCAGGCUCCAAGAUGGUUGAGAUUGAAGCACUAGGUCAUGAGAUAUUUUCUGAAGCCACUGACAAGUGUAUUGAUGCAGUUUUGGAGUUUCUUGAUGACAUUCACGUAUGA